AUUGAAAAAUUAAGCUAAGCCGCUGACCGAACCUGCUGCUGUCUCGCUACUGCUUUGGCUUCCCAGCUCCCCCCGGAUGGAGAGGGCGGCCCAGCCGUGGAUGGUCAGAUAGCUUCUACCUCUUGCUGCCCAUCCCUGGCCCCAACCAGCACAGAGCAGAUGGAGGCAGCAGGUGAAGAGGAAGAUGGCGGGAUGGCUGCUGGCCUGUGUGGGGGACUGUGGCAUGGGGUAUACAAAACUAGGAUAUGCUGGAAAUAUGGAACCACAGUUUAUCAUCCCUUCCUGUAUUGCUAUUAAGGAGUCAGCAAAAGUGGGUGAUCAAGCUCAGAGGAGGGUGAUGAAAGGUGUUGAUGACCUAGACUUCUUCACUGGUGAUGAAGCAAUAGAAAAAUCUACAUAUGCAACAAAGUGGCCAAUCCGCCAUGGUAUAGUUGAAGACCGGGACUUGAUGGAAAGGUUUAUGGAGCAAGUGAUCUUUAAAUAUUUAAGGGCAGAACCUGAAGACCAUUAUUUUCUUUUGACUGAAGCUCCACUGAAUGCUCCAGAAAACAGGGAAUAUACUGCUGAAAUGAUGUUUGAGUCCUUCAAUGUUCCAGGCUUGUACAUGGCUAUACAGGCUGUUCUUGCCUUAGCUGAAUCCUGGACUGCCAGACAGGUAGGAGAACGGACGUUGACCGGUACAGUAAUAGACGGUGGAGAUGGUGUCACUCGUGUCAUCCUUGUGGCUGAAGGGUAUGUGAUUGGCAGCUGUAUUAAGCACAUUCCAAUCGCAGGACGAUAUAUAACAUAUUUUAUUCAGCAAUUGCUGAGAGACCGAGAAGUAGGAAUUCCUCCAGAGCAAUCCUUGGAAACUGCUAAGGCAGUAAAGGAGCGCUAUAGUUAUGUCUGCCCAGAUUUAGUAAAAGAUAACAAGUAUGAUACAGAUGGAUCAAAGUGGAUUAAACAGUAUACUGGAAUCAAUGCUAUCUCAAAGAAAGAAUUUUCCACUGAUGUUGAAUAUGAGAGAUUCUUGGGACCUGAAAUUUUUUUUCAUCCAGAGUUUGCUAAUCCAGACUUUACUCAGCCUACCUCAGAAGUUGUAGAUGAAGUAAUUCAGAAUUGUGCUAUUGAUGUCAGAUGUCCUCUCUACAAGAAUAUUGUCCUCUCUGGAGGUUCAACCAUGUUCAGGGACUUCAGACGUCCCUUGCAAAGAGGUUUGAAAAGAGCUGUAGAUGCCAGGCUGAAAUUAAGUGAAUUGAGUGGUGGGAGAUUGAAGCCCAAACCUACUGAUGUACAAGUCAUUACAUACCACAUGCAGCGAUAUGCAGUUUGGUUUGGAGGAUCCACGCUGGCUUCCACACCUGAGUUCUACAAAGUAUGCCACACCAAAAAGGAUUAUGAAGAAAUUGGACCUAGCAUUUGUUGUCACAAUCCAGUGUUUGGAGUCAUGUCAUAAAACUGGCUUCAUAGUUAUUGGGGUUAGGGAGGAGGGGAAGAAAUAAUCUUUCUGAUUACCCGUUUUGUCUGGAUGGCUGGUUUUGAGGUUGUAAACCUGACUUGAGAUAAUAAGACCAAACAUAAUUAUACAGAAUAUUUUAAUAAGUAUAUCAACAUGCGAAUGUAGAGGAGAGCCAAAAUGAUUAAGUGAUUUUCUUUAGAUUGAAUAUUUGAA